AUGAAGUUAGCCCCUGGAACGCCACAGUGCCUCUCCGUGCUUUGUCUGUGGGUGGCAGCUCAUCUAUCCAUCUCCCAGGAGGAGGAUGGGACUGAGGUCGCUGUGCCUGAUGCCAGGGAGGCCUGUGCCAGGUGGAUGGCAGGUGUGCCAGGCUCGCCUGGUCCAGAUGGAGUUGCUGGCAGAGAUGGCAAAGACGGGCAGCAGGGAGAGAAAGGGGACGCAGGAGAUCCAGGUGUGCCAGGUGCGAGCGGAGAGCCAGGUGAGUCGGGGGCGCAGGGGCCGGCAGGCCUGCGGGGUUUCCCGGGUCUACCUGGGCUGCCGGGUGACACCGGGGAGAGCUCUUUUGCCUACCGCUCAGCCUUCAGCGUGGCUCUGACGGAGCCGAGCACCUCCACCAACACCCCGCUCCACUUUGACAAGACAUUCUACAAUGAGCAACGUCAUUACGACGACCUCUCCGGAAAGUUCCGCUGCCGGAUCCCAGGCAUCUACUACUUCACCUACCACCUGACCGUCCAGGGCAGCGAGGCUCGCAUAGCGCUCUAUCGUAACAGCCGGCCACUGAGCCUCACGAAGGACCAGUUCCAGGGCGGUGACCUUGACCAGGCCUCUGGCACGACUGUCUUGAGCCUUCGGUCUGGAGACGAGGUCUGGUUGGAGCUGUACGGUUAUGGGGAGGCCGAGAGGGAUGCAGGGGUGUACAGUGACAUCUACACGGACUCCACAUUCUCCGGUUUCCUUCUGCACCCAGCAAUCGACACCAACCUGCCCCUUAACUCAAUGUAG